ACACCAGUGAGGGGCUGGACUUUAGAAUUACGUCAGGGAGUAAAACCUCCGCAUCAGAGACAGCUAUUCGUGUUAUGUAACAAUAGAAGAAGGAGAAACAAGUUGUCUGGUAACGGUAGAAAAAAGGAGAGAAACAACACCAUCAAAAAUGGAGACGAUGGAGCAUUUUUUGCUGAAGGACCUACCUCGGCCAGAACUAUUUGACUUCCAUGGAGUCGCCAUGACCAAAUACUUCACCAGCAACUGGGAUAAUGUCCAGAGCUUCAAAGCAAGACCAGAUGAUAUUCUUCUUGCGACUUACCCCAAAGCUGGAACCACAUGGGUGUCCCACAUCCUUGACAUUCUGUAUUUUGGGCACAAAAGUCCAGAGCGUCAAACAUCCAUUCCAAUCUAUGAGAGAGUGCCUUUCCUGGAGAUAAACAUUCCUUCAGUACCUCCAGGAACCGAACUGGCAAACGCGCUCACCACCACCCCUCGCCUCAUUAAAACUCAUUUCCCAGUCCAGUUUGUGCCAAAGUCCUUCUGGGAGCAGAACUGCAGGAUGAUCUAUGUGGCCCGUAAUGCCAAGGAUAACGUUGUGUCCUUUUACCACUUUGACCGUAUGAAUGCUGUGGAGCCAGCAGCGGGUGACUGGAGCAGCUACCUGAAGAGGUUCAUGAAUGGAAAGAUGUUGUAUGGAUCUUGGUACGACCAUGUUAACGGCUGGUGGGAGAAGAAACAGACUUACUCAAAUAUUCACUACAUGUUCUAUGAAGACAUGAUUGAGGACCUGGGACGAGAGAUCGACCAACUCUGCUCUUUUAUCGGUUUGACUCCUUCUGCUGAGGAGAGGGAAAAAGUGAUUACUGGAACAAAGUUUGCCAGUAUGAAAGCAAACAAAAUGGCCAACUACUCUACCCUUGGAGUGAUGAAUCAUAAAGUGUCUCCAUUCAUGAGAAAAGGGAAAGUUGGUGACUGGAAGGACCAUUUCACUGUGGCACAGAAUGAAAUCUUUGAUGAAGACUACAAGCAGAAAAUGAAGAAUUCACCACUGCAGUUCCGUACCCAAGUGUAGAAACACAGACGUGCUGUCCUUGACUCAUCUCUAAUUUUGAAGCUCUAAAUUGUAAAGCAGGUGCCCAUACUGGCUUCAGUAUGAUUAGGAUAUUUAUUUUCAUCCAUGUUGGCUAUUUUGAGGAAUUGGUUUAAGAUAAACUUAUGUUACUGCACAAAGCACUACUAUACGAAUAAUAAUCAACUUAAAGAUGCAGAGGUGACUGGAC